ACCUUCCCCACACACUGACACGGCCUCUCGAAUUUGUAGAGAGAUAGAGAGGGAGAGAGAAACGCGCGCCAGAGGAAGCAGAGCUCCCAUUUCCCAUCUUUUUCUCUCUAGACUCAUUUAUUCCAUUCGUAGAGAGAGGAUUUUAGCCUUAUUUAACGAACCCAAUUCCUGAUUUCUACCCUCCUCCUUUCUUUUUCUUUUUCUCUCUCUUUCUCGAGAUUUCGUCUGUAUUUGUAUCCAUACCUGAGUUUAAGGGUAUUAUAUUGUUCUGUUUCUCUUUGUUUUUUUGUUCUUAAUUAUGUGGUGAAUGUAAUGUACCAUUUUUGAGAUUGGAGCGGAAGCGUUUUUGGAUCCUGGGUUGGACUUGCACUGAAUGUGAAGGGGGGGAGAAGGGAGAGAUUCGGGUAGAUCAGGUUAUGGCGGAGAUAUCUGGUGAUGGAGAUGGGUUUCUGCCGGAGGUUAGUAACGGACGGGCGGUGGAUUCUCAGGCUACGUCGACGCCGAUUUCUGCACCGAAUCCGACGCCGUUGACGGUUUCGGGAUCUUUCAGGGAGGGGAAAAGCUCGUCGCGGCGGCGGACGUCGGUUAGGCCGAGUAUGGACGCCGACGACUUCUUGAACUUGUUUCAUGGCUCGGAUCCGGUGAAGGUGGAGCUCAAUCGCCUUGAGAAUGAAGUGCGAGAUAAGGAUAGAGAGCUCGGGGAAGCUCAGGCGAAGAUCAAGGCUUUGAAGUUAUCUGAGCGGCUUAGAGAGAAGGCAGUUGAAGAGCUGACGGAAGAACUAUCAAAGGCCGAGGAGAAAUUAAAGUUGACAGAAUCUCUUCUUGAAAGCAAGAAUCUUGAAAUAAAGAAAAUCAAUGAUGAGAAGAAGGCUUCAAUGGCAGCUCAAUUUGCCGCUGAAGCCACUCUUAGGAGGGUACAUGCUGCUCAAAAGGAUGACGACAUGCCUCCAAUUGAAGCCAUUCUUGCACCUUUGGAGGCUGAACUCAAGCUUGCACGACAGGAGAUCGCAAAGCUUCAAGAUGACAACAAAGCACUGGAUCGUCUAACCAAAUCAAAGGAAGCGGCUUUGGUUGAUGCUGAGAGGACUGUUCAAAGUGCCCUGGCCAAGGCCUCUAUGGUGGAUGAUUUACAGAACAAAAAUCAAGAGUUAAUGAAACAGAUAGAGAUUUGUCAGGAAGAAAACAAAAUCUUGGACAAGAUGCACCGUCAGAAAGUUGCAGAGGUUGAAAAAUUAACGCAAACUGUGAGGGAGCUGGAGGAGGCUGUUCUUGCUGGUGGUGCGGCAGCAAAUGCUGUGAGAGAUUAUCAGCGCAAAGUUCAGGAGAUGAAUGAGGAAAGGAAAACUCUGGACAGAGAGUUGGCUCGUGCAAAGGUAUCAGCCAACAGAGUGGCUGUUGUAGUAGCAAAUGAAUGGAAAGAUUCAAAUGACAAGGUUAUGCCAGUAAAACAAUGGCUGGAAGAACGAAGAUUUUUGCAGGGAGAAAUGCAGCAACUUCGUGAUAAACUUACUAUCUCUGAGCGAGCUGCAAGGUCUGAAGCACAAUUGAAGGAGAAGUAUCAACUGCGACUUAGAGUGCUUGAAGAGAGUUUGAGAGGGUCAUCUGGUAGUAGUAAUCGAAGUGCUCCUCCAGAGGGGAGAAGUGUAAGCAAUGGCCCCUCUCGUCGACAGUCUCUCGGGGGAAUUGACAAUGUUUCGAAAUUAACUUCCAAUGGUCUUUUACCCAAAAGGACACCAGGUUCUCAGUUUAGAUCUUUGUCCUCAAGCAGUAGCACAGUGUUGAAACAUGCUAAGGGCACGUCAAAAUCAUUUGAUGGAGGCACAAGGUCAUUGGACCGAGGGAAGGUGUCAUUAAAUGGACUUCUACCCAGUUAUUCAUUCAAUCGGUCCUGUGAUGCAAGUAAGGACAGUGAAGUAAAUAAUGAUUGGAAAAGUAAUCCUGAUGAAAAGGGAAAUGAGUCUCCAACACCUGGGACCGAAGACAGUGUUCCAGGCAUGUUGUAUGAUUUACUCCAAAAGGAGGUUAUAGCAUUGAGAAAAGCUGGUCAUGAGAAAGAUCAGAGCCUUAAAGACAAGGAUGAUGCCAUUGAGAUGUUAGCAAAGAAGGUAGAGACACUGACGAAAGCAAUGGAGGUUGAGGCAAAGAAGAUGAGAAGGGAAGUAGCUGUCAUGGAGAAGGAGGUAGCAGCUAUGCGUGUAGAGAAAGAGCAGGAGAACAGGGCAAAGCGAUUUGGUGGUAGCACCAAGGGCCCCGUUACUGCAGCACAAUUACUUCCUGGAAGAAGCAUUGGACGAGGUGGGUUGAAUCGCAGCACUCAAUGACACGAAACCGAAUCUGCAUUUGUUCGACCACGAGUUUCCACAUGGCUUAUGAUCCUUGAUCUUUUUUCUUUCUUACUCUAUAUUCUAUUUUCUUCCUCAUGAUUGAUCAUAGUAGUGUAACCCGCACGCCGAUGACUCCCUGUGUAUGUUAGAAUUGUUGCCUUACAGAAAAAAAAGGAAAGAUUUGGAAAGACGACGCUUCAUUCACGAGGAGGUAAUUGGUAACGCAUCUGACUUAGGAUUGUCAUCCCUCUGUUUAAAGAUGAGCAAAGAAGGGGAGAAAGAAGAGGUUAAAAGGGAAGAAUAGUUGACUUGUUGUCUAACCCACCUUCUGUGAAGUUUGUUUCUGAGUGAUCCAGUGAUUGUGUGAUUUGUAUAGGUAGCCUCCCUACUUAUUGGAAUCUUUUACUUUGUUUCUUCUAUUGUCAUAUUCAGUUGAUAUAUGAUUAUGUAAUCUGCAAUGUGUGUUGUUGGUUAAUAUAUUCUUGUUGUCACACCA